AUGACCUCUAAACCACAUGCGCUGGUAGUCCCGAGCCCCGGCAUGGGGCACCUCAUCCCCUUGUUGGAGCUCGCCACCUGCCUAGCCACCCAUCACAACUUCCAUGCCACGGUCCUCGUCGUCUCAUCCAACCCCUCUCCUGCACUAUCACAAGUCAUCCAAUCCGCCAAGGCCCAGAACCUUCUCGACAUCGUUGAGCUCCCAGCACCUUCCGGCCACGACACCAACGCCGCCGGUUCAGUGUUCACACACCUCCCAGCCAUCAUGCGCGAUGUCCGAUCAUCUCUCCGAUCAGCAAUAUCGGCCAUGGAGAACAAGCCCAGCGCCAUGUUCGUCGAUCUUUUCGGCCCUGCAGCAUUUACUGUGGCAGAAGAGUUCCAUAUGCUCAAGUAUGUAGCAUUAGGCUCUGCUUGGACACUUAGUUUGCUUUUGUAUGCUCCAGUUCUAGAUAAACAGAUAGAAGGAGAGUAUUUGGAUCAAAAGGAAUUGCUAAAGAUCCCGGGUUGCAAGCCGGUUCGACCUGAAGAUGUGGUGAAGCCGAUGAUGAAUAGGAAGGAUCAAGAAUAUGAGUCCUUUAUAAGAAUUGGGCUCGAGAUUCCUUCAAUGAGUGAUGGGAUUUUGAUCAAUACUUGGGAAGAUCUGGAGCCGACAUGUCUUAAAACUAUGAGGGAGCACCCGGAAUGGAAGAAGAUAGUUAAGAUUCCGCUGUACAGUAUCGGUCCGAUGGUUAGACUGGCGGGGCAGUCCGGUGGUGGUCGGAGGAGUGAGUUGUUGGAUUGGCUGGAUAAGCAACCUGGUGAGUCCGUGCUGUAUAUUUCAUUUGGUAGCGGUGGGGUUCUUUCGGCUGAACAAAUCAUCGAGAUGGCUUGGGGUUUAGAGUUUAGUAAGCAGAGGUUUAUAUGGGUGGUGCAGCCACCAAGCAGAGGUGGUGGCGGUGGUGCUAAAGGGAAUGACAUGUCAGAGUAUUUGCCUGAGGGAUUCAUGGCUCGGACUCAUGACAAGGGUCUGGUGGUCACAACUUGGGCUCCUCAGUCGGAAAUCUUGGCACAUUCAUCCGUCGGAGGGUUCCUAUCGCACUGCGGUUGGAACUCAGCGCUGGAGAGUAUAAUGAAUGGCUUGCCAAUGAUUGCAUGGCCGCUAUACGCGGAGCAGAAAAUGGUUGCUACACUGUUGGUGGAGGAGCUAAAGGUGGCAAUUCGCCCUAAAGUCUUGCCGACCAAACAAGUGGCAGGGAGGGAGGAGAUUGAGAUGUUGGUGAGGAAGAUUAUGGAGCAGACAGAAGGGGAUGCAAUGAGAAGAAGAACUAAAGAGCUGAAAGCAAGUGGGGAAAAAGCUCUGGGUGUGGGUGGCUCCUCCUUCAUCAUGUUGUCUGAAUUGUCAAGGCUAUGCAAGAUCAAUACCGAACAACAAUGCGAGAAAGUUGGUACCGCCUCAAAUUCUCGUGUAGGCUGCUGUCCGUGCAGCUAA